CUUUAAAACUUCUCCCCCAUAUACUUUUACAGACGAUUCACAAAAGAGCAAAUGUCAAGUCCAGUGUGGGCUAAACAACGGCAGCCAUGAAUGUUAUACCAAGAAGUACAGCAUUGUUUACCCACACGAUCAACCUCUUGCUGCCCGAAAUCUCAAAAAGGAUCCAUUUCAUGAGGAACUUUUGGUAGCAGGCGCAUUUUAUGAAGAGAUGCAAGCUUAUGAACGGCCUGGCUGGUUUACUCCACAAGGACAUGCUCCAGUACCCCCAUACGAUUGGUACGGAGCCUAUGGAACACCUAAGAACAAAGAUAGGCGAUACGUUGACCUUUUGAAGGGCGAUCUCACAUUCAAAUUUUCUAAGCACCACCACGUGAUAGGAGCAGAAUGUUUAUCCUGCAGGGAGCACGUUGUAGUUUUUGAUAUGUCAUACUUCAGUAAACUCUACCUGACGGGACCAGAUGCUCAGGAGGCUGCAGACUGGCUGUUCACAGCAGACACUAAUGGACCUCUGGGAAAUAUUGUGUAUUCCUGCAUCCUCAACAAACAAGGAGGAAUAGAGGGUGACUGCUUGGUCAUCCCUAUUGGUACAGGUUGUGGCACUCUCUCUGAUCCUAUAUUUAAGGGUCGAGGAUUUUAUAUCGUGGCUGCAGGAGCAUCUGCCUCCCAGUCAGGGGCACAUCUGAACACAGCAAUCCAACAGAAAGGGUUCAAAGUGGCGUUGACCAACCUCUCUGAGGACAUAGGUUUAUUGGCAGUCCAAGGCCCAAAGAGUCGAGAACUAUUGCAGAAUAUAAUAGAUGCAGACUUAAGUAAUGAAGUGUUCCCAUAUCGGACGGCUCGUAUAAUCAAGGUGGCUGGGCACACUGUACGAGCACUGCGUACCAGUUUUGUGGGAGAAUUGGGUUGGGAGCUACACAUUCCCUGGCAGUCAUGUAUCCCUGUGUACAAUGCCAUCUGGGAGGAGGGGCUCAAAUUUGGGCUAAGGCAAGCCGGAUACAGAGCUCUCUACUCUCUCAGUUCGGAGAAAG